UCGACCAAAAUACUGUGUUAGUUUUUGAGUUUUGUAGUUUUUACGCAACCCUGUGUUUUUGCCAAAACUACUCAAAAUUUGACCUAAUCUUUCUAUAAUAAUAACCUAGAGUACACUAGUUUUUGCUAUGUUUCCUAAGGAUAAAGUACUUGUAGUACCGUCAGUCUCAGCCAGCCGCCAUUGAUAUGACGACGAUGACAGGUCGCAAACGAGGAGGAACCUCAACCAGAACCCUAACACAACUGCCUCCCACUAACUCUCCUCCGUUACUUCCAUUCGAUCUUGUGGCAGAAAUCCUAUGCUGUCUCCCUGUGAAACACCUCCUUCAACUCCGUUGCGUUUGCAAGUCCUGGAAUUCUCUUAUCUCCCAUGAUUCCAAAUUCGCCAAGAACCACCUUCGUUUGUCCACCUCCAACCACGACCGCCACGACCUAAUCUUAGUCUCUGCUGCGCCCUUGUUCUACUUAUCUGGAUGCUCAAUCUCCUCUAUUUUCAGUUCCGCUGCAUCCUUUACCAGUUUCAAGUGGCUCAAUAACCAUCGUCUGAUUCUUAAUCUUAAGGGAGACUAUAUUGGGAGAGUUACCACUUGUGAUGGCAUGGUCUGUGUUAGGAUCGAUGAGUCUUUAGCUUUUCUGUGUAACCCUUCCAUUCGUAAAUUCAAGAUAUUGCCUCCUUUGAUAAAUCCAAGCCAAAAAUAUUUACAAACCUCAUUUACCUUAGUCUAUGAUCGUUUCACUUCUAAUUAUAAGAUUAUCGCUCUUUCUGUACGCGAUUAUUAUCAAAAAAACAGAGAAAUUAAUGUUCAUACUUUGGGUACCGAUUAUUGGAAAGGGAUUCAUGAUUUCCCAAAUCGUCACCUCAUUCAAGGACCGGGAAUAUUUUUGAGUGACUCGCUUCAUUGGUUGCCAUAUGAUGGUCGUAGUGGUAGUUCUGGAAAGGUCAUUGUUUCUCUUCAUUUGCAGAAGGAGUCUUAUCAAGAGCUUUCUCACCCUCUUUAUGAUAUCCAAUCUGAAACUGACAAUACCUUGGGGAUGUUGAGGGAUUGUUUGUGCAUUUUUUCUAAUAGUGACAAGUUUUUUGAUGUUUGGAUCAUGAAGGAAUAUGGAAAUGGACAAUCUUGGACUAAAUUGUUAAGUGUUCCUCAAAUGGGAGAUGCUUAUAUAUAUAUCUUAACUAAACCAUUAUAUAUUUCUGAGCAUGACCAAGUGCUGAUGUAUUUUAUGAAGAGGAGGAAAUUUAGUUUGGCUGUCUAUGAUUCCAUAAAUGAUACUUAUAAGAUUCCUGAAAUUCAAGGCAACAUCCAAGUUCCGAUGGAAGGAAGAUUCUAUUUUCCAUACGUCUACAUUGAGAGUUUGAUAUCACCUUUUUUUCAGGAUUAGGAUGUAGAUGUUGUGCUAUGUGAAACUAUGAACUUGUUAUUUAUUUAUACUUGUUCUGGUUAACAAUGAUUUUACGAGUUAUUGUUAAAUUAUGGUAUGUGGAAUAUGCGGCUUGAGAUAUUGCUAUGUUCUUUUAAUUUAUUUA